UUAAAAUUUAUUUGAUUGAAUUUCACUUACUAGAAGUAUCCAAUGCUGUAAAUUUACGUCUUCAUCAGCUGUUGAUCGAAGUCGACUGGAGAGAAUUAGGCGUUUGGAUCGGAGAUGAGUUAUCAGAAAGUGCCGCACGAAGAUUACCCUCCUCCAGGGUACGGGACGGUGUACCCUCCGCCGUCGGCGUAUCCGUCCGCGCCACCCCAGCCACCGCCAGCGGGGUAUCCGUAUCCUCCUCCGUCACCGCACGAGGGUUAUCCAUAUCCGCCUCCGUCACCGCACGAGGGAUUUCCGUACCCGCCUCCGCCUCCGCCGCACCAGCACGGUGGUGGAUAUCAAGGAUAUUUCAAUCAUGGAUCUCCGCCUCCUCCGCCUUCCUACCACGUUCACCAUUGUGAUCACGAUGAUGGUUCCUCCUUUUUCCGAGGCUGUCUUGCUGCCCUUUGUUGCUGUUGCGUACUGGAAGAAUGCUGCUUCUGAGUGAUGGACUUAACUGUGCAAGACGAGGACCUCAUGAAAAUACUAUUAUUUGUUUUAUGACAAUGUCUACUCGUAUAAUUCUUGUCAUUAAGUUAACUAAGCUGUAUUUGUAAUCUUGGCAAUAUGCAAGUACUGUUGAAUUGGAUUCUGGACGUAUAGAACCUCGUGGAAUUACAAUUGGAUUGUCUUCUCGUGUA